CUCCCUUCUGCCCUCCCUCGUCUCGUCUUCUGCCUAGCAGCAGCUAGCAAGUUCGCUUCACGCUUCCCCAUCGCUAGCUUCGUUGUUCAACUCGAAACACCCCGCAGCCGCUGGUCAUUUUACGAGGCUUUAAGCUGCAAACUGCGCGAUCGAAAGCUCUCGGUUAAACGCGGGAACUUUUGCAACCAAAGCGCGCGCCUCACAUCAGCCAGUGAUCGUGACGUAGCUAUUGACAAAUCUUUAUUUCGCUUUGCGCUGCAUUUGAUGUCAUCCGAGCUCUAGUCGCGCGCCGUCUACACAGGUAGGUUCUCCUGCUGCAAGAGGACUCUUAGAAGUGCGCGAGGACAAGUCACAGUGCGAUGAAAGGAAUGCAGGGAAAGCAGGAGGGAUGAGAAAGCGAUUCAAGUAAAAGAAGACUUGCAUCACCAUAAAGUGCCUCAUCUGGAUGCUGCGGAAGCCCUCCUCUGUGUCUGCACUCCCAUCCUGGCUGGUCUCUGCUUCGGAACGCUCUUUUCCCCGCUGACUUGAGCGGUGUGCGCUUGGCCUUGGCAUGGGCUAUAUUUCACCCUGACAGUCAAUCAACCCAUUUGCCUGUUCCUCGAUUCCAACUUCGCCUACUCGCCAUUUCACCUUAUAAUACAAGGACACCAGUCGAUUAGUUUCCCUUUUGGGUUCUCAAAGUGUUUCUCCCUUCACUUCUGCAGUCUCUCCAUCCCUUGUGACCCAGACAUGCGAGCAUCUUUUGGGACUGCUGCGGCUAUGGCAACAGGGCAGGGGGUUUCGGAAGCCUAAAAUUAGAGAGAGUCCGUUUUACAUCAAUGCAAGAAAGCUAUUUUAAACCCAGCGCUCCCGAGGGUGAGUCUAGACAGUGGGACGACCACUGCAGACAAAUAGAAAGUGCCGCUCUACUCUACUUUUAAUGCCUCGUUUUCCUGGAAGACAGCCGAAGAUGCACCGCAGCAUGUCACAGUGACCUACCCCACCUCAGCACUCUCGAUUCGUCGCUCUCCCUACCUGACUUUCAACUAAUCUCAUAUUCUCGUCAUACUCACCCUUUGGUUAAUCACUAGACUAUGCCCCCUACCUGUCAAUAAGAGAGUUUGUUUUUCAUCUCUAGACUGGUAGUCUGAGGAUCUCCUCGCCACUGUGCUAAUUUUUUGCAGCCUUUGUGCUUUAUCACGCCUGGCUGCCCCACCCAAGCCCUCCGCUCACCCGCCACUCGCCGAGGUACCGCCAUGGCCGUCAAUGUGACCAUGGGCCGCGACACCAAGUGGCUGACGCUGGAGGUGUGCAGAGAGUUCCAGCGAGGAACCUGCUCACGCUCGGACGCCGAAUGCAAGUUUGCUCACCCCUCUCGCACAUGCCACGUGGAGAACGGCCGCGUCAUCGCCUGUUUCGACUCACUCAAGGGACGCUGCACACGUGAUAACUGUAAGUACCUGCAUCCUCCGCCUCAUCUCAAGACCCAGCUGGAGAUAAACGGCAGGAACAACCUGAUCCAGCAGAAGACCGCAGCCGCCAUGCUGGCCCAGCAGAUGCAGUUCAUGUUGCCUGGAGCUCAGCUGCAGCCUAUCACCUCUUUCCCAGUUACGCCUUCAUUGGCCAACAGUCCGAGCAUGGCUUUCAGCCCAUACCUGAGCCACAUGAGCCCGGGCAUCAGUCUCAUGCCCGAGCUUCUGCCCAGCGCCCCCGUGCUGGUCCCGGGGAGCCCCACCGGCAUGGCCAUGGGCAACGGAAAUUCAACGCAGAAACAUGUUCGCACAGACAAACUUGAGGUGUGUCGAGAAUUCCAGCGGGGAAACUGCACGCGUGGGGAGAACGACUGCCGCUACGCCCACCCAAUGGAAGCCGCCAUGGUGGACGGCAGUGAGAACUCGGUCAUUGUUUGCAUGGAUUACAUCAAGGGCCGCUGCACCCGUGACAAAUGCAAGUACUUUCACCCUCCGGCUCACUUACAGGCCCGGAUAAAGGCGGCGCAGCACCAAGCCAGCCAGAAUGCUGCUGCCAUGGCUCUGCCACCAGGAGCCAUGCAACAGCUACCAAAGAGACCGACCCUGGAGAAGACUAACGGCGCGGGUGCCGUCUUCAACCCCAGCAUGUUCCACUACCAGCAGGCUUUGGCCAGCAUGCAGCUGCAGCAGCCAGCGUUCAUUCCCACAGGCUCCGUAUUCUGCAUGGCUCCAUCUGGAGGCAUUGGCCUAUUCAAACCCCAAGGCCUAAUGACAGAUGGCCGCUGGGAGAGGCGGGACUGGACCAACUGCAGGCCCCCCCAAAGUCGUUACCUGUCAGGGCCUGGACAUACUGUUCCCAUGAUGCACGGUGCCACCACUUCCACUGUUUCGUCGGCUACGACCCCAGUCACCAAUGUUCCUUUUGCUGAAUCAGCCACCUCCAACCAGACGCCGCCGAGGUUCUGAGCACCGACCCCAUGGACCUCCAGUGUGUUCCCAUGGAGGCCCAUUUCUGCCCCGUUCCUAAACUCCUGGUGGCCGCACCUAUGACGCUGAAUCCAGUAAGCCUCUCCCGCAAUCCUACAACCUAAUCAGGCCCAUCACUCAUGCAACGUGUGCCCAAACACAACAGAAAAAUGAAUGCAACAAACGUGUGCCUAAUCAGUAAGUCCUUAACGGGCAAUACAUUCAUUCUCAUAUCAGAGAUGCCCACUUCAUUUGACGUCAACAGAGGUUUGUUGAUAUUGAAACAGGCAAUACUUAAAUUUGGACCUACAACUGUAUAAGGAAGCAUGCCAUCUCAAAACAAGGAGACUUAAGGAGCGUGCAGAUGCUGAAUCAGGAGACGGAACGCUCUCGUAACUCACAGCCAUACGAAUACAUGCAAACUAAUUAGCUGAGAAAACGAAUUCUCUGGAGGUGAACAUUAGAUUUGAGAGCCGAUGUAUGGUAAGAGAUGGAGCCGAUUCAGAGCAUCAUCAGCAGACAGAAUGUUUCUCCGUCGUUGAAUGUGACAACAGAGUGUGUGAGAGCGACACCUGCUAAUGAUAUUUUACAUAGUUGUGGUGGUGGUAAUUUCUUUCACAUUUAAUUAUAAUUAAUGAACGUGGCACGUUUUAUUUCAUGUUUACAUUUCAAAAUGUAGAGAGAAAAAAAAGAUUAUUUGAAAAUGAUUGAUUCUUUUGUAAGAUAAUCUGUUCAUGAUACUGAUUUAGGUUUUUCGUUGAGAGGUUUUUAAAAUAUUGUUGUUCGUGCCUUUGAGUUACAAGUGUGUGGAUGUCUUUUUUCCCCCCAAUUCUUCUGUACUACAACUGACUUACAUUUUAUCAUAGACUAAGAAAGUAUACCUGUGUAGCCUUUCAGAAUCAAUGUGUCGUUCUUCCGUCAACUUAGAGAUGUGUGUUGUUGUGAGUGACUUGGUUUUUCUUGGUCUCAUGAAAGAGUAUUAUUUAUUUCACCACUGUCUAACAGGCUAUAACUGGUCUACUGAGAUAAGUGUUAAUAUUCAUGCCUGAAGUAUCUCACCUCGCAUUUCAAGCUCAACAUCGAAACGGUCAAACACAAGAUUGGUUGAUAUACUAGUACCUCCGUUUUAAAAAUAGAACUGCCUUAAGCAGACUAAAUAUGAGCACUUCUUGUUUCACAGUGUGCUGCACACUGAAAUGUAAGGUCUGAUUGCAGGCCUUCUGGAUGAAUAAGAUGUCUCAUUGAGAAGAUUUUAACUGGACUUUGUUCAAUGAUUCUUGCAAAACUAUCGUCUGAUGUCCUGGAUAUUCAAAUACUGUAAAAAUAGUCAUAUUUAUUUGCUUUUUAGAUUAUAAAUACAUAUCACAUUUCUACGGUUAUUAAGUGAAUCUCAUGAAAACAUGUCCAUGUCACCCAAAAAGCAGAGGAAAUAAGACAAUUGAAUGACCAAAAAAAGACAAUUAAGCACAUUGCCUCCUAUCGCCAUUA